UGAGAGAGCGUGUAGUUGUAGAUGCAUGAAGAAGAAGCAAACAACACGUUGGUGAUGACUGAUGAAAGAGAAAAUUAGCAUAGAAAAUUUCACUCCUAGUAUAAUUGGAUUGGAGGAAAAACACAAGAAAACAAACUAACACAAACAUAUACAUAUAAAAACCUCACUCUUUUUUUUUUAAUUUUCUCUCUCUUCUUCCUCUGUUUCUCUCUGUGUGAUGAAGAAGAAACAUUUUAAGUUUAAACCACUCCAAGAGUUGUACAAUCAUGGUCAUACCCUUUUGAACACAAAGGCUGUUGGCUUGUCUAAAAUCUCUCUGGAGGAGUCAGCUGUUAAUCAAGUUUCAGCUGGUGACUUAUCUCCGGAAAGAAAAGUAAAAAAUCACAGGCAGCUGCUCAGUAGAGAAGCAAAUAAUAUUCCUUCAACUUCUUGCCAGAGCUCGUAUUCUGAAGAUCUUCAGAGUUUGGACUCUACGAAAGCACCUGGUCAUCUGCCAAUGCUUCAUAAUGUAACUACUUCUCGGUCUACCACAGAACAUGAGGAUCAUGAUGUUUUUGACUGCCAAGGUGACGAGAAUUCUUGUAUAAGCAAAGAUGAUGGUGCAGUUACGAUUAGCAGUGUUCAUCUCAGUGGUGCAGAUUAUAAGAAUGUGAGAUCCACUGCAGCUUCAGUUAGUAGCUCUUGUGCAGAGGUUUUGGAGAAAUCUUUAAAUGGUCAAUCUCUUAGAAUCUCCCCAGCUGCUCAAAUAUCAUCUGAAGAAGGUGGCGAGAAUUUAGUGACAGCAAAUAAUUACUCAAGUGAAGUGCUGGUGCCAACAGUUGUCUUCGAUGGACUAGGCUCAUCUGAAACUUCUUUAAAGGAUGAGCAAGAUGGUCUAGAUCACGAAAUUAGUGAGAAAACCCAUGUUUUUUCCAAGACUGAGGUUGUAUUAAGUGAUGAGAACCCACCAGCUGUUGCCUUGAACAGCUUUGAUGAAAUUCAAUAUUUGAAGUCUAAUUCACCAGCUACAAGAACACAGGAGCCUUUUCUUUCGAGCCAGAACAUAAUUAAUGAGAAUGGAUCAGAUGAAUUGGUGGAUGUGAGAGUAUGUGAUAUUUGCGGUGAUGUUGGUCGGGAGGCAUUUCUUGCUCUUUGUAGCAUGUGCAGUGAUGGGGCAGAGCAUACUUAUUGCAUGACCCCUAAGAUGGAGAAAGUUCCUGAAGGUGAUUGGUUGUGCGAAGAUUGCAUGUUGAUGCAACAGCCAAAGAAACAAAGGCAAGCUGUGGCGCAGACAUCAGACAAUUCUUCGAAGCCAUCAUGUUUAAAGGAACUAAGUCACGGUUCACCAACAAUGAAUUCUGCUGUUCAGCAUUUUGCUAAAAGGAGGACGAAACCUUUGAGUAAAGCUUCCUGUUUAUCCGAGAAGAGACACUGGCCUGCGAUAGAUGUGAGGCCUGAAGCAAAGAAAAGACUUGCUGACAGAAGUGUUCAGUCACUGGUUCCUGGUUCAGGGGUGAAAACACGUCUAACUCAGAUCUCUUCAUUGAAAAAAAUGGAUAAGGGGAAAGACGAGGCUUGUCAGGUAUCUCCUUUUGUUAAUCUUCCUGCUAAGAAAGUGAUGAAGGAAGCAUGUUCAUCAGGUUAUAGAUCACCCAAACCUGAACAACAAUCUUGUAGAGGAUCUGUUAACAAUAGUAAGUCACUUGAUCGUUCAGACUCAAAUAUGCAAGUACAAGACACUCAGGAUAUGCAUAAGAAGAGAAAAUCAGCCAAGAAAAAUGCUUCCAACUGUGAACUGAAAAAGGAUCGGCCUGACAAAAAGAUGCCCAAAUCAUUGUCACUAACUGGUGUUGGCUCAGUUCAAGAUUUCUCAAAUGGUCACCUUUCUGUUUCAACUAUAAAGGAUGUUAGAUAUGGAAGCGGAAGGAAAUCCGCUGUAAAGUUAUCGAAGAAGACCUGUCAACUCGUUUCACCAUUUGCUGGCUCUGGUCCGGUGAAUGUUAGCUCUCCUAGGACCAAAGUUCUUUCAAAGGUUGUUGAUGAUGCACAGUCAUCUAGAAAGAAUGUUGAGGACAAAAAUGCCAUCCAGGUCAAGGGAACUUCUAGUGUUAAAGCAUUUGAUUACCUUGCUCAUUCAGGCAAAAACUGCGUGAAUACGUUCGCUGGAUCUGUUGAAGAAAGAAAGUCACCCUGUCAUUCAACAAGCUACUUGAUCAAUUCUCCUGCCAAUAUUGCCAAUGCUUACACUGAUCAGGGGGUGAGUUUAUCCACUCAGAAACCUGACUUUGGCGAUAUCACAAGGAAUGACAAUGAUCAUUCAGUUGCUUCGUAUAAGAUUCUGCCGCUUGACUUUCAACACGUGAAAGUCAAGUCCAUAGUUGAUUCUGCAGAUAUUGACCAUACAGUUCCUUCUGCGAUUUCCGCUGUUCCAGAAUCUGGGUCUGUUUGGAAGGGUGCGUUUAAAUUGGAGAAAAGUGGUCAACUUCCAACUGACUGCUAUGGGGUACAAGCACACUUAUCAACUCGUGCGUCAUCCAAGGUUGUUGACUUGGUUCAUAAGUUCUCUCCCGAACUUCGGUUAAAGGAAGUGCCUCGGUUGCACACAUGGCCCCUUCGGUUCCAAAAUAAUCACCUCACAGAGAAAGAUAUUGCUCUCUACUUCUUUGCUCAAGAUUUAUGGAGCUAUGGAAAAAGUUACAGGAUGUUGCUAGAAGGCAUGAGAAACAAUGACUUAGCUCUAGAGGCCAACUUUGGUGGUUUUCAGCUUCUAGUUUUUCCUUCCAGCUUGCUUCCUGUGAGGUCACAGUGUUGGAAUUCUCUCCCAUUUCUAUGGGGUGUUUUUAGAGUGAGAAAAGUUGAUGAUCCUUUUCUCCCGAACUUGAAUGCUGCAACCCUGAAUCAAGGCUUGCACUCUUCUGAUACUUGCAGAUCAGAGAACAAAUUUGUUUCUACACCAGUCACCGGAAGUGCCUUUGUAUCUCGUACAUCCCACAGUUCCAUGGACGAUACAGAAUCUGUCAACCCUGUUGUUUUGCGAUCUCCGGCUUCAAUCAAAUGUGGGGACCAAUUCCUUAAACAUCAAGUACCUUCCUUGGAGGAACAUAUGCAUAUGUUGAAAAAUCAUCAUGUGCAAGCUGAUACGACUUUAUUUUCCCCUGAUUGGAGAAAAGAGGAUGCUGACAGGGGUCUAUGUAAUGACAACUUACAGAUGCAUGAUGUUGGUAGUGGGAGUUCCUUCUCUUUAGAUUCCGGACCAGCAGGAUUAUCUGAUGGUAGAGGGUGUGCCAAAUCAGCAGAGCAUGACGCACAGGUAGAGCCAUUACUGAAUCCUGCAAGCUUCAAUGCUCUUAAUCUUGACCUCAGCUUAGGCAGUAAUAGGUCAGGGUCAGAAGAAGGGGUCGACUUGGAUCUGGUUCUUGGCUGUCCCACCAAAAGUAAAUAUCAAGCUAAAGGUUUCAUUAGAAAUGGAAGUAAACAAGAUCGUAGUGUUUCACUCACCCUCUCACUUGGGAUGUCGUGCUCAAAUAGCUGACUGAUGGCUUGGUGUGGCUGCUUCUGCUGCUGCUAAUGACCGGUCUUUUUCCACAGGGUUUAGAUAAUAGCUGUAAAUAGUACAUAUAUAGAACAAAGGAUAGUAUGUUAUAUGAGAAUAUAUAUAGUAAUAGUUGAGGGCGUGAUGAUAGGUAAGUGUUUCAUACAUAUGAGAAGUGUGAAGUUUGAGUAGUGAUAAAGAUCCUUUCAGUGGCGGCACACAUGAUGUUCCUUUGUUUGCUUUGGCUGGGAUAUUUUUCAUGGUUUGCCCUGCCUCAAAUAGUCUUUUUUUCCCCAUUAUUCCGGUUGUAGAGCUGAUCCGGUCAGCCUGAAAUGGCUUGUUUCGGUGGCUCACGCCAUGCUAGGCGGCUUUCUUUUGGCUUCGGUAUGGCCUGACGGUCCUAGUACCAGCCGAACAGCUCUAGGUGUUAAUUUUGAUGCACAUCAGGAUUUAAAGGUGGUUCGAUGUACUCACUUGAUGCAUUUCUUAUCAAAGGCUUUAUACAGUUUUUUUUUUAA